AACUUAAACACUUUUGUGGCAGUAGAUUGGUGCUGUGUUGUGAAAGAUGCUUUGCAACAUUUGUUUGUGGAGGAGCUGGUGGUAAUAGGCUGACAUUAAGCUAUUUUUCUGUCUGAUAAAUGCUAAGAUUCAGGAUGCAGCCAAUUGCCGAAUGAGUUGGAUUUGACAGGGAACCCUUCAGCAAAAUCUGGGUAGGGUUGGGCAAGAACUUAACAACAGGAAAAGCCAUAUCAGGAGGAGCAGCUGCUGUGCCCUGAAGGUUUUUUCACUCAUGUUCUAAAUCUAUAGUCACGGGGAUUCUUUUGAAAGAGAAGGAAGUUACAUGAAGAUAACUUUUCAGUUGACUUUUGGAAAACAUUGCUAAUGGGAUACCACAAAGAACAAUAGGACAAGAAGCAAAUUAACUGAAGAUAAAGACAGAAAAGUUGAGAAGCCUGUUUAGCAAAUACGAGGCUUGAAAAUAUCACCUUGAGUUUUUAUCAAGUUUUAGCAUAAGGCCAUGUGUUCUAUUAAGAUUGAGUCUGUUGUGAAGGAGAAGAACAGGAUGGGAGAGUGCCCAGUAUGGGAAGAAAGGGAAAAUGCACUUGUAUAUGUGGAUAUUAAUUCACAGAAAGUUUGCCGCUGGAACUCAGUCACCAAUGAAGUGCACAGUGUGUCUGUGGAUGCUCGCGUUGGCUCAGUGGCCCUUCGAAAGUGCGGGGGUUAUGUCAUUGCCUUGGGAACCAGAUUUGCCUUUUUAAACUGGGAAACGGAGUCAGUAACCACUAUUGCGGAACUUGAACAGGAUAAGCCAAACAACAGGUUCAAUGAUGGCAAAGUGGAUCCAAAGGGGAGGUUUUUUGCUGGUACCAUGGCUGAGGAGACAGAACCUGGUGUGCGAGCGAGACGCCAAGGUGCCCUCUACACGCUCUUUCCUGAUUAUUUCGUAGUGAAGCAGUUAGACCAGGUGGACAUCUCUAAUGGAUUGGAUUGGUCACUGGAUCACAGAACCUUCUUUCACAUUGAUAGCCUGGCGUAUGCUGUCCAUGCCUUUGACUAUGAUGUGCACACAGGAAAAAUCGCCUGCUGUAAAGUUUUGUACCAAUUAGAAAAGGAGGAACAAAUGCCUGAUGGAAUGUGUAUUGACGCAGAAGGGAAACUAUGGGUGGCCUGUAUUGAUGGAGGGAGAGUGAUCCGUAUAGAUCCGGAGACAGGGAAAAGAAUCCAGACUGUGAAGCUGCCUGCUUCAAGGAUCACCUCCUGCUGCUUUGGUGGAAAAGAUUAUUCAGAAAUGUACGUGACUUCUGCCUAUGAUGGGCUAGACAAGGCAGCUUUGGCAAAGGAACCUCGGGCAGGGGAGAUUUUCAAGAUAACGGGCCUGGGUGUGAAAGGAAUCCCACAAUAUUCAUAUGCUGCUUAAAUAUUAACACUUUAUAGCAAACAAAAUAAAUGCAUGGUCCGUGCAGGAGCAGUUUUGAACAGGAACCAUUUAUUGAAUUGCAAAACUAUCUAUCUGAAGAGGCUUCUGUGCACCUUUUGGAGCUUAGAACUCAUUUUUAAUUCUCCAUGUUUGUCUCUACAGCAUGGUACCAGAGUGGAACUUUAGCAGAAGCAGAUAAAUGAGGUAACAUUAGAAAUGAAAAUAGAUUUUCAGAAUGCGUAGGCUUGUAAAAUUUCUUAUGCUCUUGCAUAAGCCUUCUUUAUUAUUUAGUCCAGCAUUCCUAGUUUAAAACAAAAAUUCUUAUGGCCAGUUCUGCCCUGGCCUACUUAUGUAGUUCUGAACGCAGAAUUUGAUUUAUGUUUUCAUGUUACAAUGAUGUCACUGUAAUGAGAUAUGCUCUGAUUUACUUUACUUUUUCAUAUGUGCUGACUUGAACCUGACAGUUCUUCUGCUUUUGGAUUUCCCAUAAGGGUCUAUUUUUGGCAGUCAUACUUCUCCAUUUUUAGUUAUUUGUUUUGCCCUACUGAACCUUUUGUCCUUUCACUGACUUUAUUUCUGUCUUGUCUUUUUAGUUGAGGCCAAAUUCUGUGCAGUUGAAAAUAAACUGUGAUCAUGUUA